AGCUCUGACGGUCCUCUUCCUUCGGACGAUGGAUGAGCAGUCGCAAGGCCUGCAGGGGCCGCCUGUCCCCCAGUUCCAGCCCCAGAAGGCCUUGCGGCCAGAUAUGGGCUACAACACGCUGGCCAACUUUCGGAUAGAGAAGAAGAUCGGCCGCGGGCAGUUCAGUGAGGUGUACCGGGCGGCCUGCCUGCUGGACGGCGUCCCGGUGGCUCUGAAGAAGGUGCAGAUAUUUGACUUAAUGGACGCCAAAGCCCGUGCCGACUGCAUUAAAGAAAUAGACCUGCUCAAGCAACUCAACCAUCCGAACGUGAUUAAAUAUUAUGCGUCAUUCAUUGAAGAUAACGAACUCAACAUAGUUUUGGAAUUAGCCGAUGCUGGUGACCUAUCCAGGAUGAUAAAGCACUUUAAGAAGCAGAAGAGGCUGAUCCCGGAGAGGACUGUGUGGAAGUACUUUGUGCAGCUGUGCAGCGCCCUGGAGCACAUGCAUUCCCGUCGCGUCAUGCACCGAGAUAUCAAACCGGCCAACGUGUUCAUCACGGCCACGGGCGUGGUCAAGCUCGGGGACCUGGGCCUCGGCCGCUUCUUCAGCUCCAAGACCACGGCGGCGCACUCCUUAGCUCCGGCAGCUGGUGAACAUGUGCAUCAACCCCGACCCCGAGAAGCGGCCGGACAUCGCCUACGUGUACGACGUGGCCAAGAGGAUGCACGCGUGCACCGCGAGCAGCUGAGCCGGGGCGUGGACAGCCCAGCGCCCCAGAGCCUCUCCUGCAGCUCAGACCCCGGCGUCGGUCUGGGGGCGAGACGACUCCUCAGAGCUCGCGCGCUUGGAACCCUUCCCCCGUUUUCAGAUCAGCUUCAUUGUACCCAUGUCAGUCGCCUUCCUGCAAACCCCGUGACUUGGGGGUAAUCGGAUCGCAUGUUGGGAGAGUGAGCGGCACAGGAUGGUCCUCGUGGCUGAAGGUGGGAGACGCAGCGAGGUUUCUCCUGACGGGUGUGUGGGGACCGACUCUCAGUGCCAAACGCGGCGCCGCGGGCCCUCGUCAGGGGAGACGCAGCCGGAGCGGCGCCUGGGGCCGCGGGCCUCCCAGCUGCGGACUGGACAUGAGCCCACUGUGGACUCUGUGGUCGUUUUCCCUUUCCAGGUGGACUAUGUGUUUUAGUUCUUAGCGUUGUAGCUGUUGCAAUGUAAUUCUUAAGAGAGAUGUCACCGUUGGAGAAACUUUGAAACUUCUUCACAUUCAAAAGGCAACUCUGAAAUGUGAAACCAUGUGGGGACAGAAUGUGAGUCAGACACUGAAGAGUUUCCCGCCUUGUUUUGUCUUGUUUUCCCACCUUUGACGUCCUCUCCGCAUUAAAGCGUAUUCACGAACCCGUUUAAAAGUGGUUAAGGCUGGCGUGGCCGGCGCGGCGGUGACCUCGGAGGGUGUGCGCUCCGAGGCGCUCUCUGUGUUUUUAUUACCGUUUGUACAUUUGAAAACACCCUUUGAGUCGCCGUGCAGUGCCGUCUUGCAGUUUCCUUACAAACCCGAGGGCUUGACCCACAGCUGUGCCCUGGAGUGUAAGCGUAUGCUUUUAUUCAUGGAUUUUAUGGGCGCUUCAUCCAUCCCCUUCAGAAAGCCUUUUGUAUUCUCCAAGCUCCUUCCUUAUUUAUGUCCUCCGUGCAUCUUACCCAGGACUGUCUCGGAUCCCGACCACCUUGUGCCCUGAGAAGGAUGUGGUGUCCCAGCCCUGGCCUGGGAUGGAGGCCAUGUUUCCUACCCUCGCCCAGCGCGCCGUCUGCACGUGGGUGUCGGUGGUCGGAGGGGAGGGAGGGAGGCAGGUGUGCGGGUCUGUGCGGGUGAUGAGGCGUGACUCAGCAUGUGUGUAAAGAGGUGAGAGCCGGCGUGGGAUGGAUUUGGGGAGGCGGGCGUUUAUUUCCGUUGUGAAGCUCUGAGCACGUGCUGCAUCCACGUGUGAGGAGGGCGAGGAAGUGGAUGGUCUCGUGGAGGCUGUGCGGGCACGUCUGUUCCCCGAGUGCCCCGUGCGAGUGGUGACCAGAGCGGCCGCCACCACCAAGGGACAGUGCGGUGCCACCCUGUGACCCUGCUGUGACCUUGGGAUCCGCCCUCCUGCCCACGCAGCCGCGUCUUGGGGGAGAACAGCGCCCUCUAGCGGAUAGAACCCACCGCCGGCCCUGUGUCUUCAUGUAAGUAUCUCUCUUACAGCCACUGGGAUACAUUCAAGUCGUGUGUCCACUUUAAACGUGCAAAGGGCACCCAGGUGUACACCCUGCCUCUCCCGGUGUGCCCAGCCCCGGAUCUUCAUCCGUGAGUCUUCAUCGGUGACGGCACCUGGGAACGAGGGGGUUGACCUUGGGAGAGGCAGACGGGCCUGGGGGGCCGUGUGUGCGGGCUGGUGCAUGUCUUCCAGGUCCCAGCGCCUGACUGACAGCUGACACGUGCCCUGAGCGCCCACAGACUCGUCUCCCGCGACGGGGAGGGUGGGUUUUGUCGCCCAGGGGUGCGAUGGGGUUGGUGAGAUGAGCUGUUCCUCACUGAGAAUCCACACCCUCCUUUUUCUUGCAAUCUCCAAAAAUCCCCGGAUCGAAAACCCAUCGGCUGCAGCCCUCACGGUGCUUAAAACUCAUAAGUGAAGGAGUGAGCUUCCUUUCCAGCGACUCCGUCUGCCGGGAGGAAAUCGGGGGGUGGGGGUGGGGGAAUCGAACGGUCAGGGGAACCCGUGGUCAUUUUCCACACGAGGAAACCUGCCGUCACGUCCAUCUUUCUCCUGAAGAGGCUACUGGGUGAAAAACCAAGUUGGAUUUUGAGGGGGGUCAUUGCGAAGCAUCGCGAAGGUGGUCGGGAGUUUAAAGUUUGAUAAUCGCACGUCAAAUGAUGUUCUUUAUAUACUUCUGUUUCUGGGCUUGUUUCGUAUUGGUUAAGCAAAGCAUUUGACUUGAUCCGAGGGGCAGUAAAAUGCAAGGUGCAUCUGAUUCUAAGCCGCAUGGAGACCCCGGUGCCCUGGUGACGUGGGUGACGCCGGUGCGUGCGCCGAGGGUUGGGGUGGUGGCCGGGGGUGUGCCCGUGUAAAUAAGGCGCUCACUCCCGCGUGCGAUGAGUGUAAUUUACUGAUGCCACAGCGCUUCCCGCGUGUGCCCACCCUCCCGGCUCCCGUUACAAAACCCCGUCCCUGUGUCGAUGUACUCCAGCUGUCGCUGUUCACAUUUACAUGAUAUUUAUUUUCGCCAAAAUGUUACUCACGUGAACUGUUUUUCCCUUUACAAUGAAUGUAUUAUGUGUAUAACCCGCAAGCGCAUAAUCCCCCCGUGCCUCGUAUUCCCAUAGUUCUGUCCUGCGGACUUCCUUUCUGAAAGACCUUUAUUUUGUCAAUGCUUCCGAUACACAGAACACUCGGAUGUCAGCUUGGAACAUUGUAUCAUAUCCUAAUAUCAAUAAAAACAUACAGUUAAAAACCCGA